AUGACAACUGAAAAGAGUUUAGUGGCAGAGGCUGAGACUCCAAAACAGCAGCCGCCAAAAGAGGAGGAGGUAGCUGCUGAAACAGGAAAACAAGAAGCCUCUUUGGAGAAGGCAUCUCAGCAAGCACCUGAGGGGGAUAAUCAAUCAAAGAAGAAACAGAAAGCAUCCAAUGGUGAUACACCCACACGGGAAGACCAGAGCAAGAACAAAGAACGCACUUCCGAAAGUCGAGGCCUGUCACGCCUGUUUUCAUCAUUCCUCAAGAGGCCCAAAUCUCAGGUCUCUGAAGAAGAAGUGAACGAGGCAGAAACGAAAGAAAGUGGUGAAGGCCAGAAAGAGACAGAUAUAGGAGAUGAUCCCAAUGAAGAGAUUCUGCUGAAAGCCCCCAUAGCAGCUCCUGAACCUGAGCUCAGAACCGACCCAUCUUUAGACCUCCAUUCACUCAGCAGUGCAGAAACACAGCCUGCCCAGGAAGAUAGAAGAGAAGAUCAGGAUCAAGAUCAGGAUCAGGAUCCCGAUCAAGAUCAAGAUCCAGAGAACAGGGAUUUGGAGAUUAAGGAAGGAGAAGAGCAAGUGGAGUGCUGUAAUACAGAAGAGAAAAAAGAGAACAAGGCAAAAUCAGACAAAGAAAUAAAAGGUGCUCAGAAGACAGGAAGAAGACCCAGGAACAGCAUGCACUGCAAGGUUUCUUUGCUGGAUGACACCAUUUUUGAGUGUUCUGUGGAUAAACAUGCCAAGGGACAGGAUCUGCUUAAGAAAGUAUGUGAUCACCUCAAUCUUUUGGAAGAAGACUAUUUUGGUCUGGCAAUAUGGGAUACCCCAACCUCCAAGACAUGGUUGGAUGCUGCCAAAGAAAUUAAAAAACAGGUCCAUGGAGGCCCAUGGGAUUUCACUUUCAAUGUUAAGUUUUAUCCUCCAGACCCAGCACAGCUGACAGAGGAUAUAACGAGGUAUUACUUGUGUCUCCAGCUGAGGAAGGACAUAGUCACGAGCCGCCUUCCCUGCUCCUUUGCAACAUUAGCUCUGCUGGGUUCUUACACUAUCCAGUCUGAGCUGGGAGACUAUGAUCCAGAUCUGCAUAGUGCAGAUUAUGUCAGUGAAUUCAAGCUGGCCCCAAACCAGACAAAGGAACUGGAAGACAAGGUCAUGGAACUACACAAAACAUAUAGAUCAAUGACUCCAGCUCAGGCUGAUUUGGAAUUUCUUGAGAAUGCCAAAAAGUUAUCAAUGUAUGGAGUCGACCUUCACCAAGCAAAGGACUUAGAAGGAGUGGAUAUCACUUUGGGAGUCUGUUCCAGUGGCCUUCUUGUCUAUAAAGAUAAGCUGAGAAUCAAUCGCUUCCCUUGGCCCAAAGUCCUGAAGAUUUCUUACAAACGCAGCAGCUUUUUUAUUAAAAUUCGACCUGGGGAGCAUGAGCAGUAUGAAAGUACAAUUGGAUUCAAGCUUCCUAGUUAUCGUGCAGCCAAGAAACUAUGGAAAGUUUGUGUUGAGCAUCACACAUUUUUCAGGCUAACGUCCACUGAAGCAAUUCCCAAGAGCAGGUUCUUGGCACUGGGCUCUAAAUUCCGCUACAGCGGUCGGACUCAGGCCCAAACAAGGCAGGCUAGUGCUUUGAUUGACAGACCUGCACCACAGUUUGAACGGACAGCAAGUAAACGGGCCUCUAGAAGCCUUGAUGGGGCUAAACGUACCUCUCAAAAAAUUGCGUUCAUACUCGUAGAGGAAGAGAAGCAGGAGGAUGUGGUGUGUGUUGGGGUUCCGGAAUCAGAGCCUGUGGAACAAAUUCGAGAGAAGCCAGCUAAAGAUGGCCUUGAGAAUAUUGAAAAGAAACAAAUAGUGACCAAGGAGGAGGUCAGCUUGGAAGUUCCUGUUGCAGAAACAAAAUUAGUGGAACCAUUAAAAAUACAUUCAGCUCAUGAAAAGUUUGACAUAAGCACAAUAAAAGAAGAGGAGAAAGAAGAAAAAACAGUUGUGGUGCACGAUCUAGAACAAAAGUCACUAUUACUUGAACCGAUUCAGGAGGAGUCAGCAGUGGCCGUGGUUACACCUGACCGAAGCACACGCCCUACAUCUGCACCAGCUAUUGCUCAGAGCCAUGUGAUCGAACCUACUCCACCAGCUGUAUCUGAUAACAAGGAACCAGCAGUUACUAAAACAGAGAAGGAGACACAGAGAAAAGAAUUAAAACAUGAAGAAACGUUACCAGAGAAGCCCAAAACUGAGCCUGCUGAAGAUUUCCAGAAAAGAUCAAAGAGACUAGAUGGUGAAAACAUUUAUAUAAGACAUAGCAAUUUAAUGUUGGAGGAUCUAGAUAAAACUCAAGAGGAAAUUAAAAAACACCACGCCAACAUCAGCGAGCUGAAGAAAAACUUUAUGGAAUCUGUUCCUGAGCCACGGCCAAGUGAAUGGGACAAACGCUUGUCUACUCAUUCUCCCUUCCGGACCCUGAACAUCAAUGGGCAGAUCCCUACAGGAGUAGAAGGAGUCCAGGUCAAGAAACCCACAUUUCAGUCCUGUGAGAGACAGGUUGGUGGGCCAGAGCCGCCCCUUGUGAAGACUCAGACUGUUACUAUCUCUGAUGUGUCAAGUUCUGUGAAAAGUGAAAUUCCAACUAAAGAAGUUCCUAUUGUCCACACAGAGACCAAGACUAUAACUUAUGAAGCUGCACAGACUGAUGAUGGCAGUGGGGAUUUAGACCCUGGAAUUCUGCUAACUGCUCAGACCAUCACUUCAGAGACCACCAGCAGCACUACCACUACCCAGAUCACAAAGACGGUGAAAGGUGGAAUUUCAGAAACACGAAUUGAGAAAAGAAUUGUCAUCACAGGAGAUGCAGACAUUGAUCAUGAUCAGGUUCUGGUUCAGGCCAUCAAAGAAGCAAAAGAGCAACACCCAGACAUGUCUGUGACAAAGGUGGUGGUCCAUCAGGAGACGGAGAUCGCAGAAUAGCAAGACCAGCUAUAUAUAUAAUUAUAUAUAUGUAUAUCAAGGCAAUGUCUAUUUCAAUCUGAGAAAGGCCACCUGAAAUAUACCAGCAAAACUACAAGGAAACUACCUUGGAGCACCAUGACCUCAAACUUGCCAGAGUUACUUUAUCAGACAUUCUAUCACUUACUACUUGGAGUUGGGCUUUUUGAUGUUUACUUGGGAUUCUCCUCAAUACAGUGGAUCCUUUUUUUUUGAUUAUCAUUUUUAUAUAUUGUGACCGACAGUAUGCCAUACUUUUCACUGUACUGAAGUGUGUUUUUUACAGGUUUUCUUUUUCCUUUUCCUUUUUUUUUGGCAUUCCUUUUCCUAAUACCUAUUUUUUCAACCUGUAUCAUGAAGCUGGAAGUAUCAUAAAGCUUGCUGAAGGGGGUUUCUUUUAACUGCAUUGCCCCCUCAUUGUUGUUAUCCUUCUGCCCCUUGCAUUCUCACUUAGUGAAUUCUCACUCAUUCUUAUAGUGUGGGGAUGUCAAUAAUCUAGAAGUGGAUCUUCUUACUAGGAAAGUCAACAAAUCAGAGUCCAGUUUGUCCAGUUUUUGCUCUCCUCUUGUGACUUGUCCCGAAGUUUUUAUACCGAUACAUACACAUUUAUACAAGGCACUCACAGGUAUGUCUCCCUCUUUUGCGUCUGGAUUUUUCUUGCGUUGUGGACUUGUGAGCCUCUAGAUGCUUCAACAUAGCCAGAAGCUGUGGAGUAAUACAUUCACUACUAUUGCAGUAGGAUGUCUGCAUUGAGAGAGAAUGGAAUUUGCUUCACUUUUAUACUGUGAAUUUUAGAGCUUUUCAGUGAGCUAUGAUAAGGAACCUUUGCCUUCAAACUCCCCACCCCUUUUCUCUCUCAUAUUAUUUUGGACUUCUUGGAAGACUGUAUCAAUCUUAUCUAUCAUUUUUCCCCAUUAAAUCAAACCUAUUAGAAAUGACUUUGUGAGAGGUUUGGACUCUGAAUGCUAUGAAGUAGGGCUGUAACUUGCAGUAAUAGUUUUGGGGUUUUCCCCUCUCCCCCAGUCAUUUGUGUUUUGCUUUGUUUUUUUAGUAGGAUAAGCUUAAUAUUUUGUUGGGUUUCAGAAGCACUAUUUAAACUUAGCACAUUGGCGAGCAUAUUGGCCAGCUGUCCACACAAGGGAUGUAUGAUUUGUAACUGCAGUUUUGAGUCAUCCCUCAGAGAGACAAUCCAAUAUUCUUAAGACUGUAUUCUCUAAGCAGGUGUGAUAUCAAAAACUAGGUUAUUUUCACUGAUGGCUGUUAAAACUCAGGCUAUUUGGAAAGCAGUUAAGCAUAUGUAAUUCUAUCAUUCUAAUGUUCUUUGGUGAGAUGGUAUGAAAGUUCUUUUGGGAUGCACCUAACAGAGCAUACUGCUGCUGCUGGCCGCCCUUCCUUCAUUUUAAUGGGAUUGUGUGGAAUACCUUACCUAAACCUUGCUAAAAUGAGUGGAAGGUGCAGAGCAGCAGGACUUAGUGGAUUGCUCCCUCAGUCUCCUUCGCUGUCAUACUGGAAAGAAUCAACAGAGCCCAGGAUUGACUGCUGCAGGUCUCAGUCACUUAACGCAAAUGUGAUCUGACUUGCUAACAGUGCAGGAUCACAGGAAGACCAACAGUAAAUGGAGGAGGUUGGAUUUUCCUCAAGAUGCAUUAUUUUUAAAUUGAAGCUUUUAACUUGCAUUUGUACACAAAUCAUGUUUUUUUAAAAGUAAACAUGAAUAUUCUAAUUGGACAUGAGAUUCAGUUUCUGUGUAUGUUGCUGCCACUUUUGCGAUGAAUGAGAAGAAUCACCAUUGGAAGAUGUCCUGCUUCUUUCUGGCUGGGCUCUGCCUUCUUGUUUUACUUAGCUGGGCAGUAUUCUCCCCCACCCACCCCCAAUGGCAAAACUAAAACUGCAUACCCAACUCUUCCUUCCAGCAGUAUUUGAAAACUCUGUAAGAUAUACACCAUAAGAGUUGUGAGCAAUAUUAUUUCUGAGAGAAGUGUAAAGCUGAAAUUGUGUCAAGUGUGCCACGUAGCAGGAGCCGUAGAGGGGUAGGCUCUGCUUGUAAGCUUAAUUCUAGGCUCUGAGAAGUGGAAAUUAAAUGCUUUCUGCUGUUUCAGCUAUUAAAAAAGCCAGGCAUAUUGUUAAAAGAAUUUGAAUUCAGUGAACUGAAAACUCCAGUUUACUGUUUGACUGUAACUUUGCUUGCUAGAAUUGUCAUAUCAAAUUUAAUCUUUCUCUCCACCCCACUCUAGACUUGAGUUCAUUUUAAUUUAAGUACUCAAGGCUAUGGACUUAGUUAGAGCUGAGAAGAUUGGUUGGGUCAGGGGAAGGAAUUCAGCACUAUUUGAGUACCUUUGCUCUGAUGUGCGGUGGGGUGCUGGCAGCCAUAGUCAGCUUCCAAAGAUGGCAGCUGCCACUCAGAGGCUACAAUCCUGUGCACACUUAGCUGUUGAGUAAGCCCCACUGAUAACAGUGGUAAUUUCUUCUGACUGAACAUGCCUAGGGCUGGGUUGUGAGGCUUCUUAGGGGGUUUCUUUGGAUCUUUCUCUUUAAUCUCCCCAUAAUCCAUGGAUUUUCUAGAAUUUUAGCAUUUAAUAGAAUUUUAGCACUUUAUAGAUUAUGGAAGAAGACCUUGGAUGUUCUACUUUCUCUACUUCUGGCUCUUUGUAGUUCUUGUGGGUUUUUCACCUCCAGUGUUUUCACCUCUAAUGUUAAAAACAUGAAACAGCAGUCUUACAAGAGUUUCUUCUCCCUAAAGGAAAGAGGACCAAAUCCUGGUUUAGCUUUUUGAUCAUCAGAAUGGGGUCCUUUCUCUCUUUCACCAGUGGGGAAAAAGUCUGCUAGGAUCCAAUUUAGAAUCUUACUGGUGUAAUUCAGCAAUGUGUCAUUUGAACACAAGUGAAGCUGCCUUAUAAGGAAUCAAACCAUUGGUCCAUCAAAGUCAGUACUCAAACUGGCAG